UUCUCAAUGUUAGACUGAAGAAGUACGAGAGAAAAUAGCAGUCUGACAACUAAUAAUGUCUAAUUGUACUCAGCCUCCUGAUGAAGUUUCUUCAGUUGUUUCUCUUUCUCUUAUGUGGACUACAAUGGCUAAUUUCAAUGUAACUUGUACCAAUGGGUGUUCAGGCCAUGGUGAUUGUUAUGAUGGUGUGUGUUUUUGUGAAGUUCAGUACAGCGGAGGAACGUGCAGAGAUCCGAAUUUAAAUUACUACAUUGCUUUUUCCAGUGUGUUCUAUAUUAUCUGUGGCGUGUCAUUUAUACAGUUGGUAUUAUGUGUGAAAUCAGAGUUCACUCGAAUGAAACCACGUUCUGUGUUCAGGGCAUUUAAUGUGACAACACAGAAAAUUCUAUAUAUUUUAAUAUGUAUGGCAACUGCAUUGAGAGGGUACUAUUUUUCUUCUCCAGAGCAUGAAGCUAUGUUGUGGGCAUCCAGUCUUAUGAGUGCAUAUUAUCCGAUACUUCUAUCUGGUUCUUCACUCAUAGUUUGCUUUUGGGCAGAGGUAUUUCAUCUCAGAGACUUAACAUAUGAUAAGCCAGGUUUUCUAAGCAAAUCACUCUUGGGUUUCAUAUUGUUCAAUAUCAUUACUUAUUCACUGCUGCUGGCUGAGUUAUUACUACUUCAGUUUUCUGAUCCGUCUGAUAUGGAGAGAAGCCUUUUUAUAAAUGUCUUCCAUGGUUGCUAUGCACUUUUGAUGUUGGUGGUCGUAAUCUUUUUCCUUAUUUAUGGUGUGGAAGUUUACUUUAAGGUGCGGGGAGAAUUUAUUCAAGGCUCUUCAUCAGCUACAGAUACAUCACAGCUACAGCAGUCAAGAAUUGGACUAAUUUCCCAAGCAGUAUUACUACUUUUCACAGUUGUUUUUAUAUUUUCUGACAGUCUUGGUGACUUUUGGAAGGAUAAAGUUCCUGUCAUAAGCAGGAAUUGCUAUAAUAUAGUGUUUAGAGUUGUAGAAAUGGGCGUAGCAUUAUGGUUUCCUUGUGUGCUUUGGAACUGUAUAAGGCCAGAGCAAUUAUGGAUUUUGAAUCCACAAAAGUUGUUGCGAAAGUUAGAAAUAAAGAAGCAGACACAUUAUGGUGGAGAAGCUGAGGCAUUGGUAUCAUCGGCUAAAGAAGUAGCAAUUUUAAAGAGUGAUACCACCAAGUCAUUUGAGAAACUCCCAGAAUGUUGGAUAUGUUAUGAUCCUGAAAGGGAAGACUCAGGACCCUUGAUUCAACCUUGCAGGUGUAGGGGGGAUGUUUCAGUUGUGCAUCAUGAUUGUUUAAAGCAGUGGUUAAUAGAAUCUUCUAGCCAACCAGAUGCUGCAAAGUGCAAAGUAUGCAAUGAACCUUACAAAUUACGACAAAGCUGUGUUUGGCUUCCUCAUGGUUUCACAUUUGCUCAUUGGGCAAAGACUGCUGGAAUUGUUGCUCUGAUGUUUAGUGCUGUAGCUUUAGCAUGUUUUCUAAUAAAAGAAUUUGAAAAUGUGGGAAUUCGUACUUUAGCUGCAGGAUCUGCAAUAUUAGCUGUGUAUAUUUGCUUACGGUUAUUAGGAUUCAGUGUUCUCAGAAGUUAUCAAAGAGCCAAAUUUUCUGCUGUGAAGAUCUUGAAUCAUAAUUUGACUAACGGACAAGCUGAUGUCCUUCUGACAUUACCUCAACCGGCAAUUUCAGUUCCUGCUCCUAGCAGUAUAUCACAAGCAACAUGAAAAUGAUUUUCAUUUCUCCCUAAGCAAGUCUUUCCUGUGAAAACUGUCCCUUGACGUGAAGAUGGACGAUUUCGAAAAUUGAGGUCUACAUCUCAAAUUAUUUAACUUAAAAGGGACUUCAGUAUUUAUUUCUCUGUGAAUUGUGUUGUCUACCUGCUGGACAAGUUGGCUGUGAAAACAGUUAUUUAAUUAUAUUUAAAGUUAGAAUUAAAAAUUCUUUAAAUCUAUGCUUCAGAUUAUUGUUACAAGUUUUUUUAUACUGUGUGCAAUUAUUAUUAUUUUUGCUUUGAAAAUUUAUACCUGAUGAGAUAUCCUGCCUAAAUAACUUAUUAUAAUGCAGCUAGUCUGGUAGCGCAGUGAAGUUUAAAAUUUUAGAUGUAAAUAAAAGGUUAACAUAUGUUCAUAUUCUCUGUAUAUCAUUACUAAAAGCUUUUUUGAAAAUUUCUCCCAAAACACUUAACAUAGGUAUUUUGGCAUUUUAAUUUUCUGUUGUUUUUAACAUUAAUUAAACUAAAUUGGGAAAUUUAUGAGUACAGGUGUAUAAAUUAUUACUUUAUAGCUAAAAGCGUUUGCACAAAAUCUGUAUUUUCAUAAUUCAUGAUGUAAAAAUGAAUGAUAUGGUACAAAGUCUGAAAUCCAGUUAUCUGAGAACUGGAAUGAUCUAUUAUCUUCCUCACUUUUUUCUCGUAAUUGAAAGUUUUUCUUUUCUCAUCUAUGUAUGAAUGAAGAAUAUGACACUUAAGAAAAGCAUGUGUGCUGUAAAUCAGUUUUUGACCAAAUUAGUUGAGAUUUCUUUUACUCAGAAGCAUCAUUAUUAGUGAUAAUUUGAAUCAUCGUGCAUUUUUUCUGCAUUUAAACACACUCAGACUAGCAAAUUACAUUAUUUUUGUCUCUCCAAUCAUUAUUCAUAAGAGUGCAAAACUUUUCAGCUUAUCUGGCUUUGUGCACAGUAAGUGAAGCCUGGAGUCUAGUGCUUGUUUGUAGUGGGAUGUUGCAGGAACUGGUUUCAUUUUGUUUACAGAGCAGUAAAAUGAGAGAAAUAAUUUAAUUAUGAUUAAAUUCUUAGACUCAGCACAGUGAAUUAUGUUCUUUUGGCAUAAUCCAACUUAUUUUGUUCUCUAUUGUGAUAACUAUAAUCUUACGAGAAUCAAAAUUUUAGUGAAAGAUGUCUGUUUCACUCCUGCUGCAAAACUCUACAUCAUUUACGUAAUUGACAGAAAUGAUAAAUGGAUAUGACAAUGCCCCAAUUAUUAACAAAAGGCAAAAUCUAUACAAGUAAGCAGAAAUUUCAACUUUUGAUCACAUUUAAAUUUCAUGAUGUGGUUACUGAAACAUAAUCUCUCUUUGUGCGAAAUACAUCUUUCCAGAUAGAAUAGGAUAGUAGUUUAUUUUAUUUCAUUUCUUAGAAAAUCCUGAAAAAAUACAUUUCAUUUUUAAAAAAAUUUUCAUUAGCAGAAAAGUGUGGAGGAAUGAAACCAGACCAAACUGGUGCCACCUGACACUGAGGAAAUGGGAAAAAAAAGUGAUGUGGCUUUAGUGGAAAAGAAUAAUCAAAUUUUAGAUAAACUGAAAAUGUGAAGGAAUGCUAAAUGAAAAUGAAAGUCUUCUUUGCAAUGAUAAUGACCCAAUCAACAAUCAGUUAACAAAUUGCAAACUUUGUAUGUUGGAAAUGAAACAUUUUAAUUGACUAUUUGGUCAUAAUUUAUGACGUAAUGAUUACAGGAUUUCAGCAAUGGAAUUUUGUGACUGAACAAGAAAUUUUCUCUUUAUUAAUUAAACACGAAGUAUAAGCGCAAAAACAAAAUUCCUUAAACAACUUGUAUUGAGAGAAAUGUUUACCUUGAGCUUUUUUUGUAAAAUUUGGUUCCAUUAAAUCAAAAAUGCUUCAUUACAUCCAAAAUAGCUGAAGUCCUGACAGUUUUGUGUCUCAUAUCGUACUGUAUAGAAUUUUGAAAUUAAUUUCUCAUGACCAAAGCAAAGAGAUUAAAUAACUGCACUUAUGUAAAUAUAUAAACUCAAGCAAAUAUUAAAUGAAAGAUUUUUUUCUCAAGAUAAACUGUGUGUUUUGAGAAAAAAAUGCAAUUUGCAAUGGUUCUUUAUUUUGUUUAUUCAAAUCUGGAAAAAACAUUUCCUGGAGGAAGUUCUCCCACUUCUUAAGAUACCUGUUAGCUUUUGGAAUUCAGUGAAAGAGGCUCUAAUUCUGAAGUCCUUUAUAUGGAAACAUACCAGAAACUGUCAAACCUCAACUUUCCUAUGUGAGGAACCGUAACCACCUCAGUCAAUCGAAAGCAUAAGCUUGUAGGGGCUAAAUUUUAAAUCGUGCAAAUUUUUCUUUUGACAGGAUUUUUCUGAAAUUGUUUAAAGUCUAAAAAUAACUGCAUGAGUAUUACAAUUAACACUGUAACAAACUCUUUUAUUACUCAACAAAAAUGUGUCUUCAUUAAUUAAACUGGUUGUCCCUAAGGUUUUAUUUUGUGAAACAAAUAUUCAUGCAUACUAAUAGAAAAGUUGUAAACUUUUGAUGAACUAUAAAUAUGAAAAUUUAUGCAAAUUUUGAAAUUUUGUCAAAUUUGUAUAUGCAUAUUAUUAUUAGUUACUGUUUUGAAAAAUCCUGUUACCUUUUUCUUCCUGCAGUCCCAUAACUUUAUCAACUGCCGCAUAAUCAUAUCAUUAUUUGGUCAACAAAAGAUCCAUAUGAGAAGCAUUAGAAUGUUGUUUUUUGCUGAAGGCUUCAGUGCUCAAGUGGUAAAACUAGUGAAUGAGUUAGUUGCAUGAAAGUUUUUAUGGUUUUUCUCAUGUGUAUGUAAUGCAAAUGUGGGCCAGUGUACCAUUGAUGUCAUCUGCAAAAUCAUCACGCUUCAUAGGAUGAUAAUCCCUGCAUGAUUUGUCGUUGUCAAAAUGAAGCAAAACCAAUGUUUCUGCAUUGCUAGUUUUCAUUUUGUCCGUUUCACCAUCAUCCUCAGCAUUACUCUCAUGGCUGCAGUUUUUAUUGUUCUCCAGAUUUAUACGUCAAAUCUGUUUUUUGUCAUUCAAAAUUUGUUUACCAUUUUCUGCAUUUAUCCAUGUUUAAAUAACAUCUUGAGUGACAGCAUUAUAUAAUUUUAUCCUUUAAUACAUAUAUAUUAAUUCAUUAUCAGUCAGCAUUGUUCUCCUCUUUAACACAUGUUAAUAAAACUUUUACCAUAAUGCAGAGUAGGAGGUUAAUUUGACCUGUCAGUGUUCAGAAAGGUCAAAAAGAUAGAUCAAUAAGAACAUUCUCAAUAUACAUCUCUUUUUUUUUCCUCUUAGUUUGCUGCACUGUUUCUAAUAUUAUUACAUUUCCUGGGUGGUGCCUUUGAAUUGGUUGUCAACUUUAUUAACAGACAGCUUAGUUGAUGGAGGACUGAUUAAUAAAGGUUCUGUUGUAUGAUCAAGUUAGCUUGAGUUUGAGGUGUUCUGCAUAGGAAGCCAAAGGUAAGACAUAUUCUCAGAAACAAAGGGGGAGAAAUUGUGAAUUAGCCUCCUAUGAAAUUGCUGUCCAGACUUGUUCUUUAAAUGCUUAUAACUUCAAAUCUGAGAUCUGGAAUUUCUGUGUAACUAUUAGAGUAUUUGGUCACUGCUGGCGAUGAAUUUCUCUUGAUAGAAAAUAAUGCACAUAUAAUCAAGCAAUAGUUGUCUGUGUGCUGUAGAAAAGUUAAUUUAGAAGAAUGGAGUGGCUGUCAUUUCAUGGCUCUGUUGAACAUUUCAGAGCAUUUAAUACUACUUGACAACUAACAGGAUUUUAAAAUUCUUCCAGAGCUAACAAAUGUGUUUAAUACUCUUUAAGUCCCAUGGUCAGUUUUAUUUUUAUGACAUUUGAUGUUUCACUGUCAUCCUCAGCAUGAUAACAUAUGAAAAACAAAUAUUACCUUUCCAAUAAAAAUAAUUUCCUUUCUUAUUUUGCUUUAUUAUCUAGAUAUCAUACUAGACUAGAAAAUUAGUAGAUUAUGAAAACUAAGAGUAAAAUAAGUAUACAAAUUUAACUGGGAAAUGCUCAUUAAAUGCAGUUCUUUGUGAGCAAAUCUAAAAAAAUAUAAGCUUGUUACUCAGAGGGUUAGGAAGCAGUGAAAAUUCUUCUCAGAAUAUCAGAAGUCACAGCUUUUGGUAAAUGUUUUAAUUAAGAUUGUAUAUUUUUUGUAUGUGUAGUCAACAUCUUUUUCUUAUGUUUAAAAAUUAGCUUAAUUGUGUAAUAUUGUAUAUCAUUUUGCAUUAUAACAUUAAGAAUAUGUGCAAAUUUUGUUUAUAGCUGAAAAGUAAUGAGAGUUAUGCCUGUUUAAUUUUUCAUUCCUUAAACUGAUAAGCUGUGCAAAAAUAUUAGUGUUAUUUCUGGUAUUUAUGACAGCUUUGGGAAUGCAGCUGUUGUACUGAACAUAUUUGAAGUAAUUUCUGUAUACAUAUUAUGAUUAAUGUAUAUAGUUAUCUUUAAGUUUUCAAACUAAAUAGUUUCAUUUGAGGAAGUACAGUAGAACUGCAACUAUCCAGACAAACUAGAGCUGCAAUUCAUUUGAUAAUCUGUUCCUCCUAUUAUUUUUAAAUACCUAAUGCAAAUGAUAAUUCCACAUACUGCAUGUUAUGCUAAAGGAAAGUCUAAACUGCAUAUAAUAAGGCAAAAAUUCCUUAAGUGAAGGUGCAUUUGACAUAAUGGCAUCACAUUUGUUAAAUUUACUUUCAAAAAUGAGCUCCCCGUAUGAGUAAGCACUGGUUCACAAAGUAAACAAGUGAAACUUUGCAGUAUGGUCAGCAAAUGGGCCACAGAUAUCUAAGGGAUGAUCUGUGAGUUAAUAGCUGGCUUCAGAAGUGAUUUUAAAACUAAAAUUUGAUUUAUGUAAUUAGUGUCAAAAUAUAAAAAAAUAUAGUGCAAUUUAAGGAUUAGAUAAUUUUCAUUUAUGUUUACAGACUAUGCAUUUCUCAAAAGUUUCAGGCAGUCUACAUGUGACAUGAUUUAUCUAAAUUAACCAGCUUCUAAAAAGAAUUGAAAAACAUUGUUUAGUUAAAUAAUAUUUUUUUACAUGGCCUAGGGAAAAAAGUGAAGCUAUGUAGAUAAUUGAAAAUCUGCUGUGUAAUUUAUUUAAAUAAUUAAAAGAAAGACUUCUAACUAAGAACAGAAGUAGUGACUUGAAAUCUUACUCUCUAAACUACUACUUUUCUAGUUCAUGAUCAUGAUUUUGUUUUCAUUCAUUGUCUCUGUUAGUAAUAAUAGUUAUAAAUAUGUAAAAAAAAAUAUUUUUCCUUAUACAGAAUAUAGGGAAAUUAUAAUGUUUUAAAAAAUUAUAAAAAGAAUAAAUAAAAAAAAAAUGAUUAACCUAAUCAAAUAUGUCACUGUCUGAUCUGUUCAGAUAAAUGUCAUCUAGUUUGAACAAAAUUGAGUAAAAUUAAAAAGGUAAGAAAGAUAUCCUGAAUUGUGAAGCAAAAUAAAUAGCUAUAGUGCUUGUGGUUUGAAGUUGCUUGUAAUAAAGCUUUCAUGAUUUUAAAUAUAAAUUUUAGGUUUACUGAGACAAGCAGAUUCAGAUUAUGGCUUGUGAACUUUCAAAUAAUUUUAUGAAUUUAAAAUGCAUCAUUUGUAUCUCAUUUUAUAUGCUUUAAAUUUACAUCUGAUAUUAUAAUUUAUAUACUUGUCUGUUGUUUUCAUCAUCGGUUAGCUUCUCAACUUUGUUCAUAAAAGGUGGCUUUAUUUUCUUUUAUCAUAUGUAUAUAUUUUCUUUUACAGAGUUCCUUUAAAUAAUAUUGAAAAUUUUAUGAGAAUGAUUGUAAAAAUGUAAAAUUUAACAUUUUUAUUGGGUCUUCAUACAGCAGAACAUCCUAUUAGAAAAAUUAUGCUGUAAUAAAUUAAAUAUAUGAUGAAACAACAUGUUUUAAACCUACUUAUUAAAUAUCAGCAGUCCUAGUUUUCAGUUUGGAUAUUUUUAAUUGUAGGAAAUAAUUUAAAAUCAUAUUAGUUAAUAGGUAUUUUUAAAAAUUAAUUGAAUUAUUUUCUACCUUCAUUACAUAGAAAAAUGUAAACAGACAAAUAAGCUAAGAAAAUAAUCCACUUUCUUUUUUCAUGCAUUAAGAAAAUCAACCACUUUCAUUGCUUGUGCAUUCUAAACUCUUAAGCAUGUAUUUUACAGUCCAUGCAGAAAAAUCUAUUUUAAUGGAUAUUCAUAUAUACUCAUCUUGUUUUAUGACAGUUUAGUGUAAGCUUUAAUAGUUUAUGAAUUCACACCAAGUGCAGCUUGUAAUGUAGAUAUAAGCUAGUUUAUUUUUAGAAAGUUCUCCAUGAAGGCCUCCCUCUCCUUAGGCAGAUAUCCCCUAUGUGCCUUGCCAUGGGUGGUCAUUUGCCUGGGCAGUUGAGCUUUGUUUAAUUGAUGUUUUAACCAAAGUUUCACUGUCGAGUUAGGAAGAAUCGUAAAAUCAAUCUUGGCAUUGAUUUGCUCUUUUUAUAUGCUUGAUACUGUAUAUACAUACCAACAGCAUUUGAUGGUUAUAUGAAAAAAGUUAUUGUGAAGUUUCUUGCAUAAUUGAUAUGAUUGAAAUCCUGAAAUUUGCAUCACUUGUACACAUUUUUAAUGAUCCAUAAUAAGAAGUGACAACUGGAACUGUAUAAGUACUAUGAGUAAAAGUAAACACUAGAAAGAAAAGGAAGAUCUUUUCCAAACUAGGGAAUAUAAUCCCCAGUGUUGUGUCCAUGGGAUAUAAAAAUAAUCAGACAAAGCUACGUGUGUUCUGGUAGUGACUGUAUCAAAAUCUAGCAUUAGAGUAAAGGAAAGUACAUGCUAUUGAAAGUUAUGGUAUUUAAUAACACAAAACUGUAAAGGAAUGCAUGAUUUGGAAAAAAAUGUACAGGAACUAGCAGUGGUGUAGUUAGUCCUGAAGUGUUAAUUGCUUAUAUCUCGCUGAACAUUAUACUUUAAGAGGAUGGAACAUUUUGCAGUUUUUCUAAUGGUCUUUUAGCUAUGGACUGUGUAAAAAGCUAAUGUUUGUAUUUUCAAAAACUAUCUGUUUUCUCUCCUGAGCUGAAACUUAAAUAAAAUAAAAUCUCUGUGGAGAAAAACCUUGUUAUAGAAAAAAAACAUGCUUAGAAUCACUGUUAAAAGAAACAAAUUCUGUAGCCACCUUUCAUGCAUCCCAUGUAAUCUUCUGAACUCUCCCUUUUAUCAAAGUCCUUCACACAAGAUUAUUAUGAAUAUAAUACAUUUUUAUAUAUACAAAUUAAAUUUCCUUUUUCUUAGCCCUACCCUUAAUUUUGGCCACAAAAAUUUACUAGAAUUCAGCUUAUUUUCUAUUAAUCCUUUCUUUGGGUAUAUGUACAUAGAAAGAGAAGUGUACCUAUAGGUAUUAUCAAAUUGUUGUAUAAAUGGUUUGUUAAUAAUGACUUUUAAUUUAUUAAUGUUAUUUUUCAUGUCCCCUUUGGGGUUGAAUAUCUUGUAUUCUUCAGUACUUUCCAAGGGCAAAAGUGUGACUGGAAACAGUUUGUACUCAUAAGAUUUUAUGUGCAUUUUGUUCAGUUUUUACCUUAAUGUUAUUUAUAACAUAAUCCCAUGCAAAGUUAUUUUAAGUUAUUAUACUCAGAUUUUUAGUAUUACAAUAAUACAGCUUGUACGCAUUUAAAUAUUUUGUUUAAUAUGUAGCAUUUUCUAGUAAUUCAUUGCUUUAGAACAUGAAAUGAUAUAUAUGAGCAAAAUGUAAUAUGAUUUUAUACAAAUUUAUAUGGAUAACAUGCAAGCAUAUUUUUUGUUCAAUUUCCAUAUUGUAUAUAUGGUUUAAAUUUGUGUUAUUUGUUUUCUUUGUGUCUUAUUUAAUUUUGUAAGUGUUGGGUUUGUAUAUUAGUAUGAUAUUAAGGUAUGUAAAUGCUUGUAAUUUUGGAUUCUUAAAUACCUCAAUGAAUAUUACUUAAAACUUAUCAAAUAUGUAUCUUUCUGAAUUAAAUGAUAUAAAAUGUAUUCUUUUUCAGAAUUUUGUAACUUAGAAUUACUGGUUGACCGUUUUGCUUAUUUAUGAAUAAAGUUGUUUAAUGUAAAAUAUAUCUUUGCUAAAUUUUUAUUUCAAAUUCAGAACUUAUCGAAUUUUGCAUAAUCUGAAAAAGUUGUAACAUACAAUUCUUUUAAAUAAUUGCCUUAAAUUGAGCAAGUCCAAUUCAUGGGCUACUUGUGGCUGCUAUUAUGUAACCAAAAGAGUGCUGAAAAGUUAUGUCAUGCAUCUAUGAAUACAAUAAAACAAAAAUCAUUAAAUGACUUAAGUGGGCAUAAGUGCUUUCUCAUAAUAAAUGAUGUGCUAAUAAAUGACAGUAUUCAACAUUAAACUCAGUCAGCCUACUAUUAAGAACAGCAAACUUUACUUUGAAAUUCAUGUGAACAGCAGAGCAUGUAGUAUUAAAUGCCAUUUUAAUUAGGAGAUAUUGAGAACUGAUUUCAGGAAAUUUCAAUUGCUUGAUAUUUCUUUCUCAUUUAAUAUCCAACAUAACUGUGAAUUUGCAAAUGGAAUACAUAAAUAUUAGAAUGAUAAAUUUAGUUCCUUUUAAAUUAAAUAGAAAACUUGCUGCUAAAUAAUUAUUUGCGGUAGAUACAGUGGUAACAAUUCCAGUGAGUGCUAGUUCUACUUUUUAAAAAUAUCCAUCAUUUAACAGUCAAUCUCUGUUUGUAAAAUCAGAAAGCAUGCAGCAAUUUUUUUUUAAUGUAGAAAAUUACAAAAAUAAAAAUUUGAGACAGGUAUCCAUUGAGUAGUUUUUAUGAGCAUACUAGCAUUUGCUCAUAACUUUAUUAGAAUGACAGUUUGUCAUUCAUGUAAACUAGCCAUUGAUCAAGGGAAUUUGAACAGCAUUGUAAUUGCUAUUGAUAAAUAAAUCUUUAUAAUCAUGUUAUGUAAAAAGCAUGCAUAGCAUAACAAUGUAACUGUUUUGCUUUUCUAUGGGUGUUGUGGGUAGGGAAUAAAAAUGUUUAAACGCAAUAUUGUAUCAGUUUAUAAAUUUUUAAAAAAUUAAGGUUCCUGCUGUAGCUUAGUCAUGUAUAAUAUUGUGCAAAAGAUUUUGACCAAAAUUGGUCUUUUUAGUAUUGUACUUACUACCUAGUUUAUAAACAUAUGGUGUAUAUGAUUUCAUUUAAUUUUUUAGAUAAUUGAUUUAGAUAAGCAUAAAGUAAGCUAAGAUGCUAGAUCUUAUCGUGUUAGUGCUUUGAAAGUAGAUUAUAAUCAAUAAACGUUCUUUUUACAAUAAUGUAAACAAAUCACAUCCAAUUCUUUAGUGUUUAAUAUAUUCAAUAAAUAUUCUAGUUUAAAUAAACUUCACAUUUAACAGAAUUUUAGAAGCCCUUUUACACGUGAUUGCCUACAGUUCAUUGAAAAUCUCUCAGUUCCUUAAUAAUCAUUCGCACAGUUGAUUUUAACCUUUUUGGAAAUAUAUUAGACAAUUUAUGUGUAUAUCUCUGAAUGUAUAGUUACUUUGUUGACUGUAUAUAUCACUGUAUUAAUUGCCAAUCUGUUUCUCAGUUCUUAAAAUUUCACAACCUAUUCUGUAAUCCGUCAUUCAGAAUUUACAUCAUGAGUUAUUAUAUUUGCACAAACUCCAACUGAUGGUAGUUAUUGCUUAUCUGUGUGUACGUAUGCUACUGAAUCACAUUGACAGUGUUUUUAUGCAGGUUUAACGCACUGAAUAUAAUUUCAUUGGAUAUAUUAAAUGAAUGUUAUAUAAUUAAGAAAUGACAAUGGAAAUCAAUAAUUUAGCUGCUUUUAGUGAGUACAUUUGAAUGUCUGACCCAAGUGAUUAGUAACAUUGUUUGAUGCUUGUUGAAUUCAGCAUUAUUUGUAGAAAAUACUUAACAUAUAGCACAGACACUUCUGUUGAAUUAUAAAUAAUUUAGAGUUAGUUCUAAAGCGAUAAAAAAUACUGAUUAUAAAAUAUUGUAUACAAACAACAGGAAAUUCGCAAUUUUACAUUUUGUUUCAUAAAUUAAAAUGUCAAAAGUGAUAGAUCUGUUAUUUCUUUUUAAUUUUUUUUGUUGUUGUUUUUGUUUGUUUCCCUUUGCUAGUCCAUAUAAAACACAAGAAUUCUUUGUAAAUAGUCAUGCUCUUCAUUCAUUGUAAGUAUAUUUUACAUUCAUGCAUAUAUAUAUAUAUAUUUAAUUAACCGAUUCUUAUAUUAUUUUCAUUCAGAUUCUAACUGUAUUUGAAAUAAAAAUUAUACAUUUUUACUGAGAAAAUUAUACUCUUUUGUGUUAUAUAAUUCUGUUAUAUUAAGUUGAAUAAAAUGGUAAUGGAACAAAAGUUGUUUAUAA